AUGGCUGCUGAACUCGCUCACACUUUUGAUGAACCCGUCCUUCUCGGUGUCAUUGGCGGUACCGGCCUUUACCACAUGGACUCCCUCACUCCCGUUGCCCGUAUUACCGUCGAAACUCCUUGGGGCAAGCCUUCUUCCCCUAUCACCAUCUCCCGAACCCCCUCCGGCUUUCCCAUCGCCUUCUUGGCCCGCCACGGUUAUCACCACGAAUAUACCCCCACCGACGUCCCAGCUCGCGCAAACAUUGCUGCUUUGAAGAAGCUCGGUGUCCGCGUCAUUGUCGCCUUUUCCGCUGUUGGCUCUCUCCAGGAAAAAAUCCGUCCCCGCGACUUUGUCGUUCCUAACCAAAUCAUUGAUCGCACUAAGGGUCUCAGACCUUCCUCUUUCUUCGGUACAGGCUUUGUCGGCCACGUUGGCUUUGGCGAACCUUUUGAUCUCGAACUCAACAAGACCAUCUCGAGCUUUGCCAAAUCUCGUACCCCUGUCCUCAACAGUGGUGCCAUUCUUCACACCAAGGAGACCAAUGAUAACAAGGACGUCGUUCUCAUCUGCAUGGAGGGCCCUGCCUUUUCCACUCGCGCAGAAUCCGUCCUUUACCGUUCUUGGAACGGCUCUGUCAUCAACAUGUCUGCUCUCCCUGAAGCCAAGCUUGCCAAGGAGGCUGAAAUUGCUUACCAGAUGAUUUGCAUGUCUACCGACUACGAUGCCUGGCGCGAGGAUGAGGAACCCGUCACUGUCGAGACUGUUGUCGGUAACCUCAAGGCCAAUGGUGAAAACGCAAACAAGUUCAUUACAGCUCUUAUCCCCAAGCUUGAGGAGGAAAUCAAGGCCGAGAAGCUUGGUGUUUCUCUCAAGGGUUCCAUCAAGUACUCUGUUUCCACCUCCCACGGUGGCAUUGACCCCACUCUCAAGGCCAAUCUUAACUGGCUUCACCCCGGCUACUGGGAGUAA